GUCAAAAACAGAGUACAUCAAAAAAAGAAAUGAUUCCAUCAAGCCAUACUUUUCCUGUGAUGACCCACGGUUUACUUGGUUAACUGAUAUAUUUUUGAAAUAUCUUGAGGAUUGGAGGAAAAGUACCUUAACCAGGUCUGGUGAGUACUCGCCUGACGAGAGGGGGAAGAUGUUCCUGUCAUUGCAGACGUACAAUGGUCUCAAGAUAUCAGUGUAUUCGCAUGUGGAAGCAGUCCAGUUUCUGUUGAGUCAGGGAUUUGAGUAUGUCCCAACUGAACGUUUCAUGCAGGAUGUGCUGGAGGAUUAUUUUGGCCAUCAGCUAGCAAAAGGUGGAAGAUCAGAUAAUCCCACAGCUCAACAAUUUGGUUACAACGAUCUGACAAUUGCGACUCAGAGAGAUAUUGCCCCAGUCAUUAGAGGAAAUGUUGGUGGUCGUUACGAAGUACAGAAAUGGCAAGUAGUCAGCGAUGAACCUGUGAAGAAGCGGGCAAAAAAAUAA